AUGUUAUUUAGUUACUGGAAUCUCCUCUUCAUCUUAUGGACAUCAUUCCGCAUAGUAUUUGUGAAUGUGAGUGUGAGCACUGAUGAUUUCCUACUUGUAUGUGUUACAGCAGGAGGAGACAUCCCUCUCCAGGUGACUGGCCGUGUAGGGGAGACUGUCACACUGACACCCCAUCUGAAUCUCACACAUCCCAUUGAUACAGUCACAUGGAUAUUUCAUGUCAAUGGUAAGAGAAUACUCCUGGCUGAAUUCAGAGAGCAGAAGUUUAUCAGAGUGAAUAAUAAUUAUUUCAUGAACCGCCUGGAAGGAUCUAACAGUGGAACCUCAUUACAGAUCAGAGAGCUGAGAAUGGAGGAUAGUGGAGUCUUCACUGCACAGAUUCAUGUUGAUGGAGAAAUGAGAGAAAUAUCCUAUAAUCUCACUGUAUAUGAGCCUCUCCCUACACCGGUAAUAGAAAAGACAUUAGAUGAGAAUUCCACUGAUCUGUGUCAUCUUCAUUGUUCUGUCCCAUCCAACUCAACAAGUGUGUCCUACAGUUGGAUCUACAGAGAUAAAGACACUGACAUACUAUAUGCAAAUGGCAGCACAAUCAGUGUAUCACUGAAGGAUAAGACAUUGGGGGCACAAUUUCUCUGCUUGGUACAAAAUCCUGCUCAUACCAACAAUGUGUCAGUCCCUUUAUAUCCAUGUGGGGACAGACAAACAAAGAUCCAGAGAAAAGGUAUGUAUGGGGGAAAAAAACUGUUUUGGAGAGUUUAUGUAAAUCAAAGGUAAUUAGGAUUAUUAACG